CAUCAUCCAAAUCCAGCCCAAAGAAUCUUCCAAAAGCGAAUCCUGUCUUCCCCAAAAUUCCCUCGAAGAGAACGCAAAGAUUAUCGUACGCAGCUGUAUCGCGGGCCGAGAAGAUGCAGGCGAGUAGGCCCCGGGAUGCACGGGAGGCCGGGGCGACUGGAAUGGAGCUGGAAAUGGGAGGCUGCGGGGGAAGUGGAUGCCAGCCGGUGUGUGUUGAUGCAAGUGCGGUGACUGUACGGUGGUGACUGGCGGAGUCAGUCAGUCAGUCAGUCAGUCGGCUCGGCACCGGCCGCGACGCACGAUCGCCGUGGAUUUUUCUUGCUUUCGUUACACGCACACACCUCGUCGCGACUUCAGUGCGCCUAAUCGACAUCUUUGUUGUUCGGCCCAGUUUUUCCGACUACCUUUCGAAAUCCGCUUUCGCGGUUACCGGUGUUGUCAGUGUGCCACUCCGGGAUUAUACCGGGUCUGCCGAAACUUUCCACGAUUACGACCGGCAACAGGGUGAUGAUGUAACGGGACUUUCGCUGUCGCUGCAGUGAAGCAACGAUGUCCACGCAAUGCAAUCGCUUCGUGCAGAACGCAUGGAAGAAGGAGCUUUGUUCGAACUGCUUCAAACCGAGAGAGGAACAUACGCUGCCAGAUGACACGCUCAGGCUGAACAUUGGCAGGGCCUUGAACCACGUCAAGACCGAUAAUGUCAAGAUACAGAGUAUCCUGCGCGGCAGGACAGUCUGUCAGAAAGGUCAGAAGAAGAAGACGGUGGCGUUCACGGAAUAUCUGACGGAGAUAAUCGGCUACGGGGGAGAUGACUUCUUCUCGGACGCAGACGACGAAGACGAGCAAGAUCUGGCCGAGUCAUUCAAUACCGAUGACGAACUAGUGCCAGACAGCGAAGAGGAACGAGCAUUGGGUAACCUGACGCGUGCCAACACCAAUUUCAAUACGAUUACUGCCAAUCUGACGGAGAUCGUCUCCACGAACGAGACGAGCAAAUCGUCGUCGACGAAAUCCUUCGCGUCCUUGAUGCUGGGAAGGAUACAGAAGGAUUCCGAGGGCAAGAAGACCACGCUGUUGGUUUCGGUUACACCGUUCGGGGGCGAUGAGUCUCUGCCGACUGCCAAGAGACCCAGCGAUAAGAAGGUUAAUGGAUUCGUCAAUGGCUUCGUUGCUAACCCGACUAGGUGUAAGAGUGAUAAUGAGAAAGUGGAGCAGACGCCGUCAAAAGCCGCGAAGAAGAUUGACGCGGAAGCAAAGAAGGACGAGAAGAAGGAGCAGAAAUACCCCACGGGAAUGGAGAAGAUCGUGGACAUGCCUCUGAUCGCGUCUAACAACUUAAUCUCCGUGAUCCAGCGGAACGAGUCGACGGAGUUCAAGGAUAAAACGGAGGUUAACGACGUCAACGAGAUCGGUAAAUCGGACAAGAAGACCGUCUAUCGUCCACCUAAGAAGCCGGACGAGAAACCAAAAACGGUUCAACCGGUUCAAAAUGGCGGGAAGAUGGAGUACGACUUCUCAGGGAGGCUCUCAAAGAACGACUCGAAGGGCAUCGAGUUGACACUGACUCCUUUAUCAAAAAACGACGAUCCAGCUGAGAGAGACAGGUUGAAAGAGGUCCGUAAAGUGGAGACACCUCCAGAGACUCGAAAAGCGGAUGGACAAGCCUCUCCCGUGAAGUUCACUUUUGAAGAAAGCAGAGAGUCGGCUGGGGAACCGGAUGGAAAGGCGGACGAAGAGGAAGUUGUCGAACCACCCGCGAUACCCAGGAGUCCCUUACCUGUGGAGGUUACUCUUCAGGACAAAACUGUCGCCACGGAACCGAGACCUUCGUUUCUUCAUGGGGCGGUCAAUUCGGAAUGCAAAGUGAAACCCGUGGUGCCACAGAAACCUGUGAGCUUCAUGGCUAAGGGCUCUGAGGCGGGGCAGAGCAAGAAGAGCUACGUACUGCCGCCGCCUUCUGUUCAGAAUGUUGCGAGGACUGCUCAGAGCAUAGGUGUUCCAUCUUCAGACCAGACCUCCUGUCGAUCGAUACCCAAAGAGAAGUUCGAGGAGCAACCAGUAGUGGAUCAGGUCGUAGGGUCUUGCGAGGAGAAUCAGAUCUCGCGGGUUCAAGGAGUGCCGAAGACCGCGUGCCAGGCGGUCGAACCCGCGACGAAACCCGAGUUAAAGUCUCCAGUCAAGGCACCGCGGACGGCGGACGAUGAGACGGCGGAGGAGGAGGAAGUUUUUGAGUCCAUCCGGUCGCCCAACAAAAGGAGGAUGGCGCCCAAGCCACCCGCGGCUGAUUUAUCUGAGGAAUUAGCCCCGAGUUCUUCGCUGUUCGCCAGGAACCCCGUGGCGACCUUGAAAUCAGAUUCGCCGGUGGUCAGAGAGAAAGAGAAGAGAGAGAGAGCGUCAUCGUGUAGCCCCAAGUUCAGGAAGGCCGUUUCGGACCUGCCGGAUCCGACCAACCAGUCUUCAGAUCCCGCGUCCAGGAGGACGAUAUCCCUGUCGCAGGACAGUCUCACAAGCGGACCUGAGACUAGAGAAGAGAAGAAGCGCGGUAGAUCUCGCUUUUCUUUGAAGAGAUUCCUCAGGAUGGGCUCCAGAAAGGACGUCGACAUGGUGAACGGAUCGUCGAACUCCAGGAUCGACGAGAUCCCGUCGACACCGCAGCCCAAACCACGCUUGGAGAUAAUCCAUCCGCUAGAGCUGGAUGGCGCGGCCGUCGAGGUGGUCGGCAACGACAGGAUCAGCAGGAUAAGCGAGGAUCAACCCGAUUCAGCGGGCAGGAACGACGCGGGACGAGCUACUCGAUCGCCGCCGAUGUCCACCGGAUCUCAGGCUACCGCGAGACCCGGAAAACCACCACCACCGCCAAGGAACCAGUCCCUGGAGGAUUGGUCGAGACUGGAUGCAGCCAACAAACCGGUCAGACCACCACCGCCACGCGUGGAAACCAAACUGCCGGCAAGAAGCGACAAACCUUCUAAAUCAACGUCAUCCUCGUCGUCCACGUCCUCGUCUUCGUCAACGUCGUCCGCGUCGUGGCAGCCAACCACGACCUCAGACUCGAUUUACGCGAAUCUGGCAGCGGAGGAUGUUACAGGUGAGGUGCGCAGCUCGUUGGCACCCUCGAAACCGCAAAGAACCGCCAGCAUGAGGGACCAAGCCACCUCGCAACCGAUCCUGAAGAAACACGGAUCCUCCAGUCCGGCCCUUAAUCAGGAUUACGAGUCAGUCGCGGUCGCCGCACCACCCACGUCCGAUUCUCUGACAUCUAACGACAGUCAUGUUUACGAGUGCCUUUCUAGCUCGCCAGAGUGCGAUUCGAAUCUCGAGCUACGACACGGGGGUGGAUCUCAUCUCACCUGUAAGAGGAAAUCCGACAGCAACGCGAUGGAACCCGCUGCGGAAUUCAAAUUCCAUCAUCAGACGUUCGUCAGAUCGACUUCGCUUCCGUAUUGCGGCAGCGAGACCGAGAGCGAGUUGUACGCUCCCUAUGGUUUCUACACCGGCGACGAGGGCCCUGAGGAGGAUCAGGACUGGAAGAAUAAGGACGACGAAUUAAGGAUAAGCCGAUUGAGGCAACGCAGAGGUCGCAGUAUAGUUCAUCGGAGCCUCGAGGAUAAUUACGGCGCCGUCGUCGUCGCCAAUCACGAGGCUCUUGCGCAGUUUCUCGAACAGCUGAACCAAACGCCUCAAGUGCCAGUCGGGCUGCGAGCACUGAAAAAUACGAAUCCCCGUAUAAGCCACUUCAACAUCGACGCCAAUACGUCGAUUACCGUCGGCAGAAGAAUAUUUUACUCAGCGACGUGGAACGAGAUGAACGUCACUAUCUGCGUCGCCUUCGAUCUGGCCACACACGUGUCACGGAAGGAAUUUUAUUUGGCACCUAUAAUCGAGUUUAUAGACAGCGUGCCGAAGGAAAUUACCGAGAGAGCGGGUCUUCCGGGGAACAAGCAGCCUGAGGUAACGAUUUCCGUUUUACCGCGUCUGCAAGUGAACACCAUACAAUCCUUCGGUACGAUGACCAAGGACAUGCACGACGAAGGAACGAUCCGAGAAGCCUCGUUCGUGCUUCUGCAAUUCGUCACAGCGUUGAAGAGUCUGCAAGCGAGAGGAAUCGAGGAAUCUGCGAGGAGUUUGAACAACGUGGUGCUGUGCAGAGAGGACAAGGACGCCUAUUACAGGCUAUAUCUUCUUCAGGGAUUGAACGUGGAGAUGAACGAGGAACGGGAUGAGGAGAGGGUCUCCUUGUGUCAGUGCGCCCUCGUCGCUCUUCAGCAACUCAACCUCGCGAACAGGCUACCCGUGAUUCAGGAGCUGCUGAUGAGGGAGAAGGCUGUCACCUUGUCUCAGGUGAAAUCAGUCCUGGAAUUUUCUCUGUGGGGUCCAGCGGACGUGACCCUGGGCGGACCAAGGGACAGAGAGGUGACCCUUCAAAGAUGGCUAGAUCUGGAGAGAGCUAACGUUCUUCAUGCUCUGGUGAGGACAAGGACACCCCUGACCGUCACGGACGAAUACCAAUUGCUAUUCUUGGUUCGAACCAGCGCGAAAAUUAUGGGCCAAGCGUCAUUGCUGUUGGACGAGCAACGAACCAGGCUGGCCAAAGCUCGCUAAUCGGCCCCUUUUUCCGUAAAACUAAUGCCAAACGAACCGGUGAACGUUUCGUGGACGAAAUACGUUCGAUGUUCAACGAAGCUGACAUCGGUCGAACGUGUCUUUAGGAGACCGGUUUGUACAGAGAUCCAAAAGAUCUGACAAUUCAGGAAGACAUUCGAGUGCCAAUGCUCAAAGUGCUAAGUGGACUACUCUCUAUCCACGCAUCUUUUAUAAAUAAUCACUUCCUAUAUGUAUUAUCUUAUUAACUGUUUGUAUAAAUAAAUUGUUCGAACGUGGAA